GGGGAAGAAAGUUGGAACUGCUUGUUCUCUGCCUGGCCCUGUCGGCGAAUUCCCUAACCAAGAAACUAUUUGUGGAGGAGACAGGGUGGCCGGCGAGCCCCCUGUCACCUCCCCCGGUGCUCCCUCCCCGUGUCGCCACCGGUGGGCCUCCAGCGGCCUGGGCGCUGCGCCGCUGCCCAUCUCACAGCCUCCGAGCUGAUCGGCUUGGCUUGCAGCUUAUCUGCGCCGUUUGGACCACGCGGGGUGCACGGGAGGGCUGCUCUGUCCCCGCCGCGUCGCAGGCAGACCCCGGGCCGCCGGACUAUUUCUGUCUUAUCAGUGCAGGAAUGCGGCAGCCGCGGCGGCGGCGGCGGCGGCGGCGGGCGGGCGGCGGCGGCGUGGGCCGUGGGCCGUCAGGGCAGCCCUGAAGGGGCCCCCUCCCCACUCCGCUCGAGUAGAAGUGUGAGAGAGCCCAGCAGGACUCAGAGGGGAGAGUUGGAGGAAAAAAAAGGCAGAAAAGGGAAAGAAAGAGGAAGAGAGAGAGAGAGUGAGAGGAGCCGCUGAGCCCACCCCGAUGGCCGCGGACGAAGUUGCCGGAGGGGCGCGCAAAGCCACGAAAAGCAAACUUUUUGAGUUUCUGGUCCAUGGGGUGCGCCCCGGGAUGCCGUCUGGAGCCCGAAUGCCCCACCAGGGGGCGCCCAUGGGCCCCCCGGGCUCCCCGUACAUGGGCAGCCCCGCCGUGCGACCUGGCCUGGCCCCCGCGGGCAUGGAGCCCGCCCGCAAGCGAGCAGCGCCCCCGCCCGGGCAGAGCCAGCCACAGGGCCAGGGCCAGCCAGUGCCCACCGCCCCCGCGCGGAGCCGCAGUGCCAAGAGGAGGAAGAUGGCUGACAAAAUCCUCCCUCAAAGGAUUCGGGAGCUGGUCCCUGAGUCCCAGGCUUACAUGGACCUCCUAGCAUUCGAGAGAAAGCUGGAUCAAACUAUCAUGCGGAAGCGAGUGGACAUCCAGGAGGCCCUGAAGAGGCCCAUGAAGCAAAAGCGAAAGCUGCGCCUUUAUAUCUCCAAUACUUUUAACCCUGCGAAGCCCGAUGCUGAAGAUUCUGAUGGCAGCAUUGCCUCCUGGGAGCUGCGGGUGGAGGGGAAGCUCUUGGAUGAUGUACGUCCUGGCCCAGUCCCUGUCACUUUCCCACAGCCCAGUAAGCAGAAACGGAAGUUCUCUUCCUUCUUCAAGAGUUUGGUCAUUGAGCUGGACAAAGAUCUUUAUGGCCCAGACAACCACCUCGUGGAGUGGCAUCGGACACCCACAACCCAGGAGACAGAUGGGUUCCAAGUGAAGAGGCCAGGGGACUUGAGUGUGCGCUGUACCCUACUCCUUAUGCUGGACUAUCAGCCUCCUCAGUUCAAACUGGACCCUCGCUUAGCCCGACUGCUGGGGUUGCAUACACAGAGCCGCUCAGCCAUUGUGCAGGCACUGUGGCAAUAUGUGAAGACCAACCGGCUGCAGGACUCCCAUGACAAGGAGUACAUCAAUGGAGACAAGUACUUCCAGCAGAUUUUUGACUGUCCCCGCCUGAAGUUCUCUGAGAUUCCCCAGCGCCUCACAGCCCUGCUGCUGCCCCCUGACCCAAUUGUCAUCAACCAUGUCAUCAGCGUGGACCCAUCAGACCAGAAGAAGACAGCAUGCUAUGACAUUGAUGUGGAGGUAGAGGAGCCACUGAAGGGGCAGAUGAGCAGCUUUCUGCUGUCCACGGCCAACCAGCAGGAGAUCAGCGCUCUGGACAGUAAGAUCCACGAGACGAUUGAGUCCAUAAACCAGCUCAAGAUCCAGAGGGACUUCAUGCUAAGUUUCUCCAGAGACCCCAAAGGCUACGUCCAAGAUCUGCUCCGCUCUCAGAGCCGAGACCUCAAGGUGAUGACAGAUGUGGCCGGUAACCCUGAAGAGGAACGCCGGGCUGAGUUCUACCACCAGCCCUGGUCCCAGGAAGCCGUCAGCCGCUACUUCUACUGUAAGAUCCAGCAGCGCAGGCAGGAGCUGGAACAAUCGCUGGUCGUGCGCAACACCUAGGAGCCCGUGAACAAGCAUCACUGUGGACCAGCCAGCCACACUGUCCAGCAUAGGCCCUGGACUCUGGGCCUCCCUCCCCUGUUGCUGUGGGGUUGGGGGUGGGGGAGUGGGGAGGACUGGAUUAAAGGUCACU